AUGGACACCGUCAAUAAAGAUACCGCACCGGCGGCGGCGGUCGUGGACGAAAAAAAGGGCCUCGAGGAAUCCGUCAAACAGAACGAACAGCCGACACCCGAGGCCAAGAUCAGACCUGAACGCCAGCCGGCUUUCAAAGAUUACCUCCGUGUUUUCACGUACGCGACAAAAUGGGACAUUUUCGCCUACUUCGCCGCCGGUCUCGCUUCCAUGGGGGCCGGCAUCACAAUGCCGUUGAUGAACAUCAUCUUUGGCCGGCUCGUGAACGACUUCAACGGGUUCGCCACAGGAGGGAACACAGAGGCCCAGCAGGCCGAGUUCAAAAGAGUAGCCGACAGGCAGUCGCUUUACCUCUUCAUCCUGUUCCUGGCUCGUUUUUCCCUGGGAUACAUCAACAAGUUCGGCUUUCGAAUGAUUGGAAUCCGACUGUCCUCCGGUAUCCGUCUUCACUACCUCCAGCGUCUUUUCGGUCAGACCAUCCACGUCCUUGAUUCGAUGCCCGCAGGCGCGGCGGCCGGUACCAUCACAUCCACCGCAAACACCCUCCAAAUCGGCAUCUCCGAGAAACUCGGCGUAUUUCUCGAGUUCACGACGAUGAUAGUUGCCUCAAUCAUCAUCGCGUUCACGUAUAACUGGGCAUUGACUUUAGUCACAGCGUCAUGCAUCCUGUUCAUUCUGCUCGUCUUGGGCAUCCUGCUCCCCUUCAUCAUCAAGGGUCACACCCAGAUGACCAAAGCGGAGGGCAAGGCAUCCGCAGUUGCGAGCGAGGCUUUCUCGAGUAUCCGAAUGAUCACUGCUUGUGGCGCAGAAGAUCGCAUCGCAGCGCGGUAUGCUCGCUGGGUCCAGGUUGCUCGUCAAAAGGGCCAGUUCACGGCGCCGUUGAUGGCUCUGCAGUUCGGUUUCAUCUUUUUUGCGCUUUUCGGUGCCUUUGGUCUUGCCUUUUGGUACGGCACACAUGCCUGGGUUGACGGCCGAGUUAGUGACGUGGGCGAAGUCAUCAUUGUCCUCAUGUCUGUGAUGCUCACUGUAAUGUCUCUCGAACGCAUCAGCACACCUUUACUCGCUAUCAGCAAGGCAAUGGUAGCAGCAUGCGAGUUCCUCACUGUCAUCGAUGCGCCGACUCCCCAUACGGGAGACUUGAAAGAACCACAAGUCUCCGCCAGCGAGAACAUCGUAUUCGAGGACGUCACAUUCGCGUACCCGAGCAGGCCACACGUCAAAGUCCUCGAUGGUCUCAACCUCACCAUCGAAUCCGGUAAAGUGACGGCGAUCGUCGGGCCAUCAGGCUCCGGCAAAAGCACGAUAGUUGGGCUGAUCGAGCGUUGGUACACGUUGCAAGAUCAAUAUGUUAUCGCCAAGGCGGUCGAGAAGGAUAAGAAAAAGGAAGCCCAGAAGAAGAAGAACAAGAAGAAGGGAAAGGAGGACUCCGACGAUGAAGACAACGAACCUGAACCUGAGCAGACUGGGCCCGCUGUUGAGCUCAAGGGCUCAGUCUCAACCUGCAAUCACUCCCUCGACGACAUUGAUCUAAAAUGGUGGCGGUCUCAAAUCGGUCUCGUCCAGCAAGAGCCAUUCCUCUUCAACGACACUAUCUAUCGAAAUGUGGCGUACGGACUCAUCGGUUCUCAAUGGGAGGACGAGUCAGAGGAGAAAAAGAGAGAACUCGUCAAGGAGGCAUGCCAAGAAUCGUUUGCCGAUGAGUUCAUCGAUCGACUGCCGGAUGGAUACGAAACUCUCGUCGGAGACGCCGGUGCAAAGCUGUCAGGUGGCCAACGUCAACGAAUCGCCAUCGCCCGAAGCAUCGUCCGAAAGCCGAAAAUCGUGAUCCUAGAUGAAGCAACUAGCGCCAUCGACGUUCGCGGCGAGAAAAUCGUGCAGGCAGCUCUCGACAAGGUUUCCAAGAAUCGCACAACCAUAACCAUAGCUCACCGUCUCUCCACUAUUAAGAAAGCCGACCGUAUCGUCGUUCUCAAGAAGGGAAGAGUCGUUGAGCAAGGUACGCACGAAAGUCUUCUCGAAGACGAUGAGGGCGUGUACUACGGCUUGGUCCACGCGCAGCAACUUUCCCUGGGCGACCAGACCGAAGACAGCGACUCGGACAACAAGGAAGACGACCUCGGUGCUGUUCUCGACCGCGAGAAGAGCGCCGCGAGGUCCGAGACAGGCACCACACGCCAGCAGACCCAAGCUAUCAACCGCAAUCUCUUCCAAAGCUUCGGAAGGCUGCUGUACGAGCAAAGAAGCCGAUGGCUGCUCUGCAUCCUGACGGUCGUAUUCGCGGCGUGCGCGGCGGUCGGGACACCCAUCCAAGCAUGGCUGUUCGCCAAGGUCAUUCUCGUCUUCAACCCCAACAACGGCGACGACAAGAUCCGGAGUGACAGUAACUUCUGGUCGCUCAUGUGGGCUAUCCUGGCCAUCGGCAUCGGUCUCUCGUACUUCUUCAUGGGCUUCGUCUCGACGUAUCUUUCAGCCUUCAUCUGCGCGGUAUACCGGCAACAGUACUUCGAGGCCAUCUUGUUCCAGCGAACCUCUUUCUACGACGAAGAAGAGAACGCGCACGGCAGCUUGACGGCCCGGGUCGCUGGAGAUCCCAAGCAGCUAGAAGAGCUGUUGGGACUGAACAUGGCCAUGGUCUAUGUGGCCCUCUUCAACAUCGUUGGAGCUUUGGCGAUUUCGUUCGCGUUCGGCUGGAAGCUGGCGCUCGUGGCGCUCUUCGUGACAACACCUAUCUUGCUUGUGAGCGGGUACUUGCGGUUCAAGUACGAGAUCGAGUUCGACAAGAUGAACGCGGCGGUCUUUGCGGAGAGUUCGAAAUUCGCCGCCGAAUCCAUCGGGGCGUUCAGGACGGUGUCCGCGUUGACGCUGGAAGACAUGACAUGUCUUCGAUACGAGAAGCUCCUGAAGGGCCACGUAACCCAGGCGUUCAAAAAAGCUCGCUGGACCAGCUUCCUUUUCGGUUUCUCCGAUUCGGCCUCCAUGGCCUGCCAGGCUCUCAUCUUCUGGUACGGAAGUCGACUCCUCGCCUCCGGCGAAUACACCCCCGAGAUGUUCUUCGUCUGCUUCAUGGCCGUCAUCCAGGGCGCCGAGGCAGCCGGUCAGAGUCUCAGCUUCGGGCCAAACGCGGCGCAGGUCACCGGGGCCUCGAACCGAAUCAUCAACAUGCGGGACUCGAGGAACAGGGACCAGAUCGCGGCGACGGAGAAGAUCCCGGACACCGAGGGCGGCGUGCAGAUCGAGCUGCGAAACGUCCACUUCAAGUACCCGACGCGGGACAUCUCGGUCUUUAAGGGGCUCAACCUGACCAUCGAAAAGGGGCAGUUCGCGGCCCUCGUGGGCGCCAGCGGAUGCGGCAAGACUUCCAUCAUCUCGCUCAUGGAGCGGUUCUACGACGUCGACAGGGGCGCCAUCCUCUGCAACGGCAAGGACAUCAAGGACCUCAACGUCUACGACUACCGCAAGAACCUAUCCCUGGUCGCGCAGGAGCCGACCCUCUUCCAGGGCACGAUCCGGGAGAACAUCCUCCUGGGCGUCGACGAGGGUUCCGUAACCGAAGAGCGGCUGCACCAGGUGUGCCGCGACGCCUCGAUCCACGACUUCAUCGUCUCCCUCCCGGAGGGGUACAACACCGACAUCGGGAGCAAAGGCGUCUCGCUCUCCGGCGGUCAGAAACAGCGAGUCGCGAUCGCGCGGGCGCUCGUCAGGGACCCGAACAUCCUUCUGCUCGACGAGGCGACAAGCUCGCUCGACUCCGAGUCGGAAAAGCUGGUGCAGGCCGCGUUCGAGCGGGCGGGCGAGGGACGCACCAUGGUUGUCGUGGCGCACCGCCUGGCCACUGUGCAGAACGCGGACGUCAUCUUCGUCCUGGGCGAGGGGAAGCUGCUGGAGAAGGGUAGCCAUUCUGAGUUGUUGAAGAAGAAGGGUGUGUACUGGCACAUGUGUCAUAGCCAAGCGCUGGACCGUUGA